CUUUCUGAUCAUUCAGCAGCAGCGGCGGAGGAGACGCAGGUUUCGGGAUCGCUGCUCCGGGUCGGAGACCGUCUCUCCGCCCGGACCCUCCCAAAGCUCGAGCCCCGGAGCCGGGGUUUGGGGAGCGGCAGGUUUCUGCCGGAGCCCUGGGCGACUCGAUGCUGCCUGACCUGCUGAGCUCAGCAGUAAAAGAUCCGUGGGUACUAUUUGACAGAAAACACAUGAAUUUCUAUGUUGUUGUAAGCAAUAUUUAUCCUCAAACAAGAUUCCAAAAACCCAGAAGGAUGUCCAUUUUAGCUGCUGACACGCCUGCUGGUUCAUCAACAUGACAGAAUGACAGACUUACUGAAGCCUCAGACUGUUUACUACUCUCAGGGGUUUAUAGAGUGAAGAAAAAAAUCCACUGCAUUCUCCAGGGAGGUAUUGCUGCUGCAGCUUUCAAAUGGAAUUUCAGGGAAAAUACAACGCUUAAGAAGAAUGGAUUCCCGGGAAGCAGUCUGCUGAGAAGGAAUAAAAGUAGGAGAGAAACCUGAGCCUCAGUAAGGAUCGCUGUUGGUUCAUUGCAGCAACCCUCAUGUCUGGAUCAGGAAGCAGGCGAUUCCCAGGACAACGGAGUCGUGGUGUCCACGGGAGAAGUGGCUUCUCCUCCCUGUUUAAAUCGACACUGACCCCGUCCUCAUCCUCGGCCUCGGCACAGCAGGAGACACAGCCCCUCCUCCAGCCGUCCAGACGCACCUCUCCGCCGGUUAGGUUACGGGAUAGCUGUGCAACUUCCUCCCUUAGCAGCAGCAGCAACUCGGGAUCCUACAAAGGCAGCGACAGCAGCCCCACCCCCAGACGUUCGAGUAAAUAUUCGUCCUGCAGUGAAAACCAUGGGAUCAAGCCACCAACACCAGAGCAAUAUCUGACCCCUCUGCAGCAAAAAGAAGUCUGCAUCCGGCACCUGAGGGCAAAGCUAAAGGAGACGGAGGAGAAGCUGGAUGAGAGGGGUGGGGAGGUGGAGGAUUUGAAAUUGCAGCUGUCAAGGAUGCAGGAAGAUUGGAUUGAGGAGGAGUGUCAUCGUGUUGAAGCUCAGCUCUCCCUGAAGGAGGCCCGGAAGGAGAUCAAACAGCUAAAACAGGUGAUCGACACAGUGAAGAAUAACCUGGUGGAGAAGGAUAAAGGCAUCCAGAAGUAUUUCAUUGACAUCAACAUUCAAAACAAGAAGUUGGAGACUCUGUUACACAGCAUGGAGUUGGCGCAGGAUGGUGCGUCUCAGUCUGCUGCUGGCUCUCCAGCCCGGUCUCUGACCCGCAGCUCCACCUAUACCAAGCUGAGUGAGCAGGGGCCUGAGCUCCUGGUCCUUGAUGGCACUGAUCUUCCUCAUCGUGGUUCCCUCGCCUCUGGGAUCGAUCGUGCUGCGGAGGCUGCUGCCCUCACAGCCCGGUCCUUACUGCGGGAGGGGUAUAGGCCAUCAGCCAGGAUCCAGCUGAGCACUGUCCGAGAGCAGGGCAUCCAAACCGACUUCUCCCCCUGUCAUCCUGACCUGGAAGUGAUAGCGGAGAAGGUCCUGAGGUCAAGCACCUUUGACCCUGGCGGGCUCACCGCUGGGGCAGAGAACUCGAGACCACUCCCUGACGAUCAGACACUGCAGACCCUCGGUGGGAGUCCGGAUCUGCAGCCAGUUGACUCCCGUUUGGUUCCUUUGGGGGCAGUGCCUGAGACCCCUGGAGCAGGAGUGCCAGAGGUGCCCAUCCAGCCGGCUCUGGAUGAGGCUCCCGGUCGAGUAGCACACUGGAGCCGGUAUUAUAUUGUGGAUCUGCUGGCGGUGACAGUGCCCGCAGUCCCCACUGUCGCCUGGAUUGUCAGUACCCAGCGAGGCAGCUCGCAGCCUGUCUACAAUAUUGGGGUGUUGCUGCGCAGCUGCUGUGUCCUUGCUCUGCAGUCCCUGCGACGAUUCAACACCAAUGCAGCUUCCCCAAACCAGCCUCUGUCCUAGCCCCAGCUCACUGCCCCUGGGCCUCCCCACACACAGCCACCACCAUAACCCCAUCAACUCACCCUCUUCCUCCCUCACCACCCAUCAUACCUCGUCAACCUCCACCCAAUCAUUCCCCCACCCCAUCACCAAUCACCUCAUCAACAUCCACCCAGUCACCCACUCACUCCCCCACCCCAU